AUGGAUAACGAAUUGACUGCACCUCUCCGCUCUCCGCUUAGUGAAGAGCGAGUCCGUCAGAUAUCACGGUCAACACGAUCCCAUGUGCCCUCGACAGCAAGCAWUCAUGAUGGCCAAGUCAAUGAGUUCGAGAAUCUCCUUGAUCACAUCCUUUUCACAAGCGCAUAUGCCACGCUCGUUACAACACAUCGAGUCAGUUCCUGGAACACACUCUGCUCUCUUAUCGACCAGGCCUUGGAUUCAGACCUUCCCGAGGCCAGAGAUGUGAUAUGGGCCUCGAAUAUAUGGAACCGAGCCUUGGACUUGUAUCUUUACCAUGCCCACAGCGCCAGACCCAAAUCAGCCCGACAGUUGCUCGUCACUUUGACAGGCGCUUUGAAAAAGGCACCUUCAAAUGUACAGGCAGAAUUGAAAUGGGUUGCUACUCAGCGGCUAGUGCGAUGUUUGCUAGACUUCCAGGAUCCGACCCAGGCGAAGGCAGGCGCACAGCUGCUUAGCCAUCUGCUGAUCAAGGACGUGAUUGGAAUCGAUACUGUGUCGCUGUCGUUCAGCCAGGCUGGAGUGGCGGAUUCCACAGCUUCUGUCGAAGUCCAGACUAUCGAUAUGCUCGAAUCAAUAUUUGGAUGGCUUGGCAGGGGCGACUUCGGUUCCRCGAUUGCACAGUYGAUCUCAGCUUUGCUGGAUAAGAUGCCAGCGAUGGAAACAUCUGUUCGACCAAUCUGGGCAUUGUCACUUAAGAGAGCACACCGGCGGGACUCCGCAAAUGUCGAUGAUCUUAGAGCACACAUCUUUCCUAUGCUGUUCAAGCGAAGUUUCGAGGACUUUGCGGCCUUCUUGCAGUCUCAAGGCCUGAACCGACUCAUGCAACCUCAGGAGCAGUCCGAUUUGUUAAGCGAGGGCACAGGUGAACUGCUUUACGCAGCGUUACAGACAGGCAAGGAGCUUGGAAUACUACUGGAGGUCGAUGAGAAUGAGGUAUCGUACGCUUCGACCGCAGUGCUCAUUCCGCUGCAGCUGAUUAGUCGACUGUUACUACAUCGAGCUCGCUCAGCCCGUCUGACUGGCCUCUCUUUGCUCAUCAAUUCACAUUCGGUGACAAGACCUCUAUCUUCCGCGGCAUUGAAUCUGGCGAGACGAAGCUUUGGCGUGUUUUUUGCAGAUGUCGAUGCUGACUUUCGCUCUGAAAUAUUCGGCGCAUUUUCGAGACUGAUAGACCGCAUUCGGGCUGUUACUUCCGUGCUAUCUCGGCAAGCGACCCAGCAGGAGAAAAUGCAUCCGGGUUCUGCACCAUCCCGUGCAGUCCAGGAGUACCACCAGGACUUUGUGAAGCGGAUGCUGCGCUUCCUGACCUGGGAACUGCGGCCCACGGCAAGCUACCAAAGGCACAUUUCUGCAUUGAAAUGUAUUUCGAUACUAGUKCGUUCUGGCGUUGAUGAACAUGUGCCCAAAGAGUUCUGUUCCAAAUCUGCGCAGGGUGAGACGAAAUGGCCAUUCAGACUCACGAUCCUGACAAUCGAUCUGCAGAGGCUUCUGCUCGAUAUUCUCUUCGAUCCAUUUGAUGAUGUACGAGCUACCGCUGCGGCGGUACUAGGAUAUUACUGCUCCACCGCGACGGCUGUUGGAGUGCUGCAUCAAGCCGAAUUGACCUCAACGCUCGGCAGAGCAGAGACUAUGAUGCUCGCUACCGGUAGAGCGGAUCACGCUGAUGGAGUCGCCCAUUUGUACUCCAUCUGUUACAGGCAAUGUGCCCCAGAGGACUUCAAUUUGGCAAAUCAUCGGACCGCGCGACAGGACUUCUUCUCGCAUCUUGUACAAAAGCUCGACCGAAUGCUAGCCAGUGCAAAGCACAAUCUGGGAGAUGCUGUCGAGAAUUACCCCAUGCACGGGCUGUUGACGAGCUUGAGGUAUAUCCUCCAGCAGGACCCGGCGAACACUGGAACAGUGCUACCAUCUCGCCUGUUCGAGUAUCUGCGUGAGGUCUGGGCUGUUGUAAAGCCGAUCCUGUGCAACGAUGCCCCCGAAGGGUACAUUCCAGAGGAGCUGGAGAAUUCUCCUGAGUCUACCAAGGAAAGCUUGAGCUACUGCUGGAGGGCGCUCAAAGAAGCGAGUUUGCUUUUGAGCACUUUGAUAUCAACCGAUGGUGACACUGAUAGCUUGCGGCAGAUGAGCGGACUGUGUUUCACACAACUCGCAGAACUAAGGCACCGUGGAGCAUUCUCAACCGUCGCUCAAACUUGGCAGGCUUGUUGUAUGCGGUGCAAAGACCUGCGGGACUCGGCCGGGUCUCUCAUGCUUGAGAUGUGGUAUGCGGAUGUGCUGGCAAUUCUUCGCAAUCACGUUACUAUUAACACCAGGCGAUCUGCUGGACUGCCCUCACUACUCUGUGGACUCCUCAUCGCAGACAAGACAGGCAAUCUGCUCGCCCGAGCCUUCACUGAUCUGGAAGCUAUCGCAAGGCAAGACGUCGACGCCGGUUCGGCAGAAGAGGGAAGUCUGGCGCAAGUGCAUGCCAUGAACUGCUUGAAGGACAUCUUGAAGAACACCAGACUCGGAGAGCAGACGAGACAUUACGUCCCGGCAGCUUUACAACUGGCUGCUGAUGCAUUGCGGUCAGAAGUCUGGGCCAUCCGGAACUGUGGACUGAUGCUGUUCAGGGCGGUCAUUGAUCGAUUACUGGGUACUAAUGAAUCUCAUUCGGGCGAGGCCUUUGUUUUACAAAAGCGAAUCUCCGCAGAACAGCAUCCUGCAUUGCUUGAUGUCGUACUUGGCUUGUUGCCGCGCAACGGUGCAUCUGCACAAGAUUCAGUUCGGUACGAAAGUGUCUUUCCUGCUCUGCAACUUCUACAACAUACCCGCAUCCCGAAUGAGCGAUUAGAGGAGACGAGGAGAGCUGUUGGAGCACUUACUGCAAGUCCAUCAUGGCAUGUGCGAGAUAAGGCCGCGCGGGCAUUGGCUUCUUUGGUGAACCCCGAUGAGACGAGACAACAGCUCGCGACUCUGUUGAACGCCGGUACCACAACCCAAAAUGCUUUGCAUGGAGCGUUACUCACCGCGAAACAUGUCAUGGUUCAGGCGAGGCAAGCGGCUACCAAUCCGUCCUCUACAGAUGAGGGAACCAGCCCAGGCUCGUCCGGAAAGUAUUCUCUCGUUGCGAAGAAUCUUGCAAGUAUUUACCAAGCAACCCCUGCGGCUGUAAGUAAGGCUGCAUGCGUUGACGUUCUUCGAGAGUGCUGCGCCUACAUCUCGCACAACGGAGCAGAAGACGAUGCGAACGACCAUCGCCGACUGUUUUUCGCUUUUGCUGGAGAUUCUCUCCACGAGUACGGCGCAGCUGCGGUGUACACCAGCAUUUUGUCGCAGUCUCUCUACGACACCACAGCCGCAGUACUUCGGCAGGCUUGGGCUAGGUAUGCAGCGUUCCACAUUGCAACUUACAAGCUUGGCACAAAGAAGGAGGCGGAGAGUUUCUCCGAUGCCUUAUUUGAACUCGCGCAUCGUGACUACGAUGCAGCCUCCUACUUUUUGACCAGCUCAAAUUGGCAGGAGAUGCGAAACGGCGGCAGAGGCUCCCUGACAAUGGACAUAUGCACCAAGAUUCUUGCGAGUGAUGACAUUAGCAUCGGGCUCAAGUGCGAUGCUCAACGGACAUUGCUUGCUCUUCUUUCCAAGACCACGACGAUGCCAUCCGAACUCAAGACUUGUCUACAGCAUCUUACCGCCGACUCCAAGUAUCUUGAGCGACAGGAUUGCGAUCAGCAGUACGUGGACUACCUGUUGGAGCUAGAAGCCGUGUGUCUCGAGGAUGUAAUGUCCGGAAAGGAAAAUUCUAUUGUCAUAGACAGUCUAGUCGCCUGGGCAAACGACUGUAUUUCAGCUGCGAAAGGGGUGGGCAUACACACACGCGAAGCAGCUGCAGAAGCACUCAACCGGCUGGACAGCACUUGGAAUAUGCUGGCGACCGACCCCGCUCUAGCAGCAUGCUUCCGUGGGCUGUGCUGCGCCGUGUACGACCUACUUAACGACGAUGAUGAAGACAUCCGCCUCCAAGCGGCGGGAAUUACGAAACGAAUCCUUUCCAGAGCGACUGCGCGGAAGGAUGUGGAUUUCGAACCUAUAGUGGCCAGCCAAAAACUCCUAGCACUCUACACCACUCGAGCCGGGCACGGACCUGAGGCUUUCACCACCGCAUUGAGUCGAGCAUAUGGCCUGUCGUCUGAUAUCGCAAGCUGCUCGGUGGAAUAUCAGCUGGCGGCGCUCUCGCACAGUGACACCGCGUUGUUCGCGGAAGAGAAACAGAAUCKCUACAUCGACGACUCCCAAGAAGUACGAGUCUGGUCGCAGGUCAUUGCCAAGUUGCUUUCGGAGCAGGUCACAUCGUCGCUGCUCGAGAAUGACUUGAAGCACGCGCAACUUAUCGAAUGGAUUUCGAGUGGCCUGGACACACUUGCGAGUAAGGCCGAGGGUGAGCCUGAUGGUGCUCUGGGAUGGAGUACAAGCGAGGGUGUCUUCGCUUUGGGUCUGAAGGUCAUUCAUGGCACUGAGGUCGUCUUGCAGAUGAAGAGUCUUGGUGUUACGGUGCCGGCGCUGGAGACUAAGCUAUUUGCUUGUGCGAAGGCUUUCGAGGUUGGAGGCGUGAAUUGCUUGUGGAAGUGGGAGGUUGAGCGGAUUCUGAGUGAUGUUGUGAUGAGCAAGUUGGGAGUGUUGAACGCUGGGACCGUGGAGAGAUAUCAGGUUGGUGCGUAG